GAACGGUCUGUGGGGAAGGGGGGAGCAUGCGCAACAGCGUCGGUGGCGUCUGUGGCCCGAAGCAUCGCAUGGGGGGAGCGCGAAGAAGCCGCAGGUGUGGGGGGCGGGGGCGAUCGGGCAGGUGCGAGGGAGCCACAGAGCAGCCCCUCCUCCGCCGCUGAAGAGUUGUCUGCCUGAUUCCUCUGCUUCUCAGCCUGCACUCAAAAUCAUCAUGUCAGGGUCUGGAAGUAAGCGAGCAGCUGGAGAUGGGGGCUCAGGCCCCCCUGAGAAGAAAUCCAACAGGGAGGAGAAGACCACAACCACCCUGAUUGAGCCCAUCCGGUUGGGAGGCAUCUCUUCUACGGAAGAGAUGGACCUCAAGGUACUUCAGUUCAAGAACAAGAAGUUAGCAGAACGCCUUGAGCAGCGGCAGGCCUUUGAAGAUGAACUGCGUGAGCGCAUUGAGAAACUGGAGAAGAGACAGGCCACCGAUGAUGCUACCCUCUUAAUUGUCAACCGAUACUGGAAACAGCUGGAUGAGACGGUACAAGAGCUCCUGAAACGUUACGAUGAAGGUUGUGAGCAGGCUGUAGAAGAACCCAAAAUGGAGAUACCUGGAGCGGAGUUGGAUCCCAAUCUUGUAGGGCAAGAAGGGAUGGAGAGGAGAGAGAUGGUUCUGUCCCCGGUUACCCCCCCUGCCCCCUGGAAGCCCGGAGGUGCCAUGCUGAACGAGCCAGCCCUUUCCUUCCUGGCUGCCUUGGCCAGCAGCAGCAGCGAAGAGAUUGAGUUGCAGCUGCAGGAGCAAAUGGAGUUCUCCAAAGCUGCCGUCUCCCGCAUUGUGAAGGUUUCUGACAAGAUCCACCGUCGCACUGAGGAACUCUGCCAGAAGAUCCAUGCCCGUGUGGAAUUUGACCAACUGGAAGAAGCGGUGAAGUCCCUCAACAGGGAGUUGACGAGAGAGAACCGACAUCUGCAAGAUCUAACUACUCAGCUGCAGGAGAAGCACCAUAAGAUCUCCCUGGAGUAUACAGAGCUGCAGGACAAGGUGACCUCCUCCGAGACCAAAGUGCUGGAGAUGGAGACGACCAUCGAGGACCUGCAGUGGGACAUCGAGAAACUGCGCAAGCGGGAGCAGAAGCUGAACAAGCACCUAGCGGAGGCGCUGGAGCAGCUGAACUCUGGUUACUAUGCGUCGGGUAGUUCUGGUGGCUUCCAGGGCGGACAGAUCACUCUGAGCAUGCAGAAGUUUGAGAUGCUGAAUGCGGAGCUGGAAGAGAACCAGGAGCUGGCCAACAGUCGCAUGGCCGAGCUAGAGAAACUGCAGCAGGAAAUGCAGCAGGCUGUGAGGACCAAUGAGAAGCUCAAGGUGGCGCUGCGUAGCCUGCCUGAGGAGGCAGUGAAGGAGACCCUGGAGUACAAGGUGCUACAGUCCCAGUUCUCACUGCUGUACAAUGAGAGCCUGCAGGUGAAAACCCAGCUGGAUGAGGCCCGUGCCCUCCUGCUUACCACCAAGAACAGCCACCUGCGCCACAUUGAGCACAUGGAGAGUGAUGAGCUGAAUUUGCAAAAGAAGUUGCGGACGGAGGUGAUCCAGCUGGAGGACACACUGGCGCAGGUGCGCAAGGAGUACGAGAUGCUGCGCAUUGAGUUUGAGCAGAACUUGGCGGCCAACGAGCAAGCGGGUCCCAUCAACCGAGAGAUGCGUCACUUGAUCAGCAGCCUUCAGAACCACAACCACCAGCUGAAGGGAGACGUGCAGCGCUACAAGCGCAAGCUCCGGGAGGUGCAGGCAGAAAUCAACAAGGUUCGGAUGCAACAGAGUGGGUUUCCCUCUGGCUCAAUGGCAGCGGCCCCUACUCCAGGGAGUGAGGACCCCAUGGGAGUCCCAGGUGCCCCAGGAGUAGCCACGGUGAAAGAGGAGGAGGGCUCUGUGCCACCUGAGGUGAAGAAGGAGCUUAAAGAGGUGCAAGUGAAGAAGGAGCCCAAGGAGGAGCUGGUGACGCCCCAGCCCCUUGGGAGCCACGAGGGAGUAAAGAAGGAGGAAGAAGAGCCGCCUCCCUCCCAGCCUCCUACCCCACAGCCACCCCCGCCGCCCCGAUCCAAGGAGCCUGAGCGGUCUAAGGGGCGGGGCGGAGAACGGGGCGGGGACCGCGAGAGGUCCCGGGAUCGGGACAAGGAGACCUCGUCUUCCUCCUCUUCCUCAUCCUCCUCUUCCUCGCGGGAUCGGGAGAAACAGAAGGGUGGCGGAGGCAGCGAGGAUGCCAAGAAGAAGGACUCCGAUCUGCUCAAACAGCUGCGGGCGGAACUCAAAAAGGCUCAAGAGAGCCAGAAGGAGAUGAAGCUCCUCUUAGAUAUGUACAAGUCCGCGCCCAAGGAGCAACGGGACAAAGUGCAGCUUAUGGCAGCUGAGAAGAAAACCAAGGCAGAGGUGGAGGAGCUGCGGGUGAGGAUCCGCGAGUUGGAGGAGAAGGAGAAGAAAGAGAGCAAGAAAAUGGCCGAUGAGGAUGCUUUGCGUAAGAUCAAGUUGGCUGAGGAGCAGAUUGAACACCUGCAGAAAAAGCUGGCUGCAACGAAACAGGUAUUUUUCUGGGAGGAAGAGGAGGACUGCAGUGCCCCUCAGUCCAGCUAGCAUGGUUGGUGAGUA